GUUGUUUAAGGAAGAUAUAUUAUUUAGAAUAUUAAAUAUACCGGGAAAGUAAUUAUAUGUGUGGGCGGGUACCCAUGGGGCGGGUUUACCUAAACCCAAACCCAACCCAACCCGGUGAAUAGUGUAGCGGGUUUAAACCCGAACCCGACCCAAAACCCGUCAACACAGAUUUUACCCGCGUUGACCGGAUUGGGUCGGGUGGGUACCCGUGGGUUCGGGUUUUGUUGCCAUCCCUAGUAAAACCCGUGUUGACGGGUUUUGGGUCGGGUGGGUACCCGUGGGUUCGGGUUUUGUUGCCAUCCCUAGUUGUGAGAUCAAUUGUCCUAUUGUCCAUUUCCCUACCUAGGCUACAAGCCCCUGGUAAACCCAUACAGCCAGAGCCUCUCGAGCAAGGUUGUCAACCCGCGGGUCGACCCACUUUGACCCUGACCCGGUGAGAAAAAAGGGCCGCACACACCCGCCGGGUCGACCGCUAUAAGGUACCGGGUUGAAGGUCAAAUUGUGUCAUUUUUUUCUUUGGUUUGCGAAAUGCGCAUAUUUCCGAUUUUUCUUUUCGCCUAACUCAAUCUUUGGAAUCCUAAGUUGAAUAUUUGAAUAUUGAUGUAUAUAAGUGUGUGUGAAUUUUCACUUUAUGCUAGAUCUAAGUACAAUAUGUUAUUUUGGUGUAAUAUUAUAUGUUAUAACUCAUAUGUUAGAUAAGAUUUGAUAUAAUUUAUAAGGAAAAGUACAAUAUAAUGACUCUUUCCAUAUUUUCGGGCCAAACCGGGCUAAAACGGUUGACCCAUUAACCCUUGAUCUACUAGCUCGACCUGGUCCGGGUCAACCCGCGGGUUGACAACCUUGCUCUCGAGUGUUGAGCCAUCUCAGGUACUUCUGCAAUGGGCUUCCUCCUUCUGUUUGUGACUGACUACAGAAAGCGGACUGCUUGAUUGUACAGUACUCCUCGCAAUGGGCUUCCUAGUGGGCUAGUACCACUAUACAGAUGCUAUUGGGCCUUUGGCCUGCCAGCGUCACAGUCGCGCGUCUCUCUUUCUCGUGCUCCCCCUUUUCUCCCCAUCUUUCAAUUGGUUCUUGUUAGUGUGCAGAAACGAAGGGAAUUACGAAUUCGAAGCCUUUUUCGCACAAAAUACAUUUCUGAUCAGAAGGCAAAGCCAAUUUGCGGAAAAUGGGCGCAGCUCUCCUCGAGCUCGAGCAAGUACUCAGGUCCCAAAAGGAGUAUUUGACUGCACCAGAAGCACAAUUACUCCAAGUGUGCAAGAGCAAUGCUAUUAGGGCAUUCACCUUUGGUGCAUUGCUUGGAGGUUCUACUGCCUGGGGAGUGACUUGGAGGCUGAGUAGGGUGUUACGUGUAAACAUCUCCGGAGGAGCUGCUGCUUUCCUGGGAUUUUGGAGAUUUGGCCAUUCCCUAGAGUCAUGUGUUGAUCAUAUUCUUUCAAAGGAUGGGAGUCGGUUACAGAGAGAGUUGGCAAAUAUAAUGGUGAAGAAUCACUCUCAUAUUCCCUGGGCCAAGCAGCUUCUAUGCAAACGAUUCUACAUGGAGACUGUUUAUAAUGACACAGGGUCGGGCGAAGCCAUGCUGAGGUGGCGUCACAGGAAUUACUCUGGCGACAGUGAACAAAAGACAGGCAACAGUGAUCACCACAAGGAUUCUGAGGACAGAAAUGCGAAUGACCAAGAUCACCACAAUCAUUCGUUGAAGGAAGCAGAUACUAUUAAGAAGGCUGAUAAUUCGAAGCCAAAGCAAGUUACUGUUACUCCAACAACUCAAGCUCAUAUAGCAGAAGACCCUAUCGGUAGCAUUUUUGGUGACGUAGCACCACCAGUGGAGGAGAUCCAUCACCCGGCUACUCCUCCAGGCAGUGGACCUAGAGCAACCCACCGCAGUCACAGACAAUCUCACCGCCGUAAUAGGCGUAGAAUGCGCCUUCAUCGAGAAUCUACCUUGUGACUUGGAGAGUAUGUAGUAACAUACAUCACUGUCCAGCAUCAUGAUCAUCAUCGUGUCAGGAGAUGCUACUGCACAUCCUUGAAGCAGUUCGCUGGCAAUGAAAGGACACAUAGAUAAUGUCCAGUAGUGACUGUCUUGAGGAUGGAGGUCCCCUCUUGUGGGCAAAACCAUAUUUGUGCAAUGUAUAUGACUAUAUGGAUGACCAAAUCAGGACCGUGAAACAGUUUUCCCGACUGAUAUGGGGAAUCUUUGUUUUCACUUUUCUUUUUCUCCAAACAAGUGUCAGCAGUUCAUUGUGUAAAGCGUUUUUAUUAUUGAUUUCCCAUUUUUCACUUUUCUUCUGGUUUUGAUCUUUUCGUAGGUGAAUCAUAUAUGGUUCUUCUAUCUACAUAUGAUCAGCUAUCAAUUUCAGUUGUUUGAGCAGUUUCCAAUCGUUUUGACGACUUCAUUUUUUGAUGAGACUCCAUCACUCAAGUACACCUACCUACAUAACCUGUUUGUGUGUUCACUGCAUGCAAGCAAAUCUGGAAAUAGCAACAACAGCUUGAUUUCUUGCUGCAACCGCUGCUAGCUCCACGCAGCAAGUUGCUGAACAAACAAGUGCAACCCGCAACUGUUUAGUUGGGGCGCCGCUGGUUAUGCAUGCAUAUUUCCCAUUUCAUAACCUGUUUUUCAUUGGCGACUAAUGGUUCUAUAUCAAUGGAGGAAGAAGCUGAUAUAGCAAUGAACAGGACAAGGAGGAAGAGUAACAUCGAUGGCAGCCGAAAAUUACCCACAACACGGUUCUUUUUCGUACCAAGGGGAAGGAUCCAUGACCAUGAAUCAAUGCAGGUAUACGUACAGAGGUGGAAUGAUCGAUGUUGCUUAUCAUCAGGUCCUGUCCAGGAAACUCCCUGGAACCUUCAUCGUUUUGUCACGACAUCAUAAUUCAUAAUGAAUGGAGGGCAGGCUGCUGUUUUAACAUUAACAGUGAAAUAAGAAAGAAGGCAACAGUACUACUGCAUUAAACGAGUGAAUUAUGAAACAGGAAGAAACCCAUACUUUGUUCGGACACUUUGUUUAAUUUACUGGGAUUAGUACUUUGACUUUAUCUUGAUGUCAAAAUUUUGGGUUAAAUUCGACAUUCUAACUCUUCUCAAAAUAUUUUUUGCUCUACUGAAAAGAACCGAAGUGCGAAGUUCUCCGAUUUUAAUUUUUUGUUCUAAACAAGAGUGAAGUAAUCAUACUUGUAAUUAACUCAAGUCAUUGCAGCACGAGCUUCAGUAAUCAUAGACCACUAUUUUUUAUACUAGCUUAUAACUCGGCCCGUUGGCCGAAAUGUUCAUAUUUGAUUAUUUAUAAUUUUAUGUUAAGUUUAAGUCUAUCAACCUGUUUAAUUUUUUUGAUAAAUUUUCGAAUUAGAUGAUACAUAAAGAAAUAAUAUAUAGGUUGAACACUCGAAGAAAUACCAUCAUCUUUUAAGAAUAUAAAAAUAUAUCAUUGAUUUCAUUUUCAUUUUCAUAAUGAUAAUAUUAUAUUGGUUAGUUAAUUGUCAAGAAAUAUAGAAUAUAAAAGCUCACUGGAAUUACCACACGGCCCAUAUAUAGUUUGAAACUGAAUCUAAAACCUCACUUUCCUACAUAAAGGCUUCAAUGCUCUUCUUUUAGGAACAACAUGCCACUAAUAAAAAAGAAAUUGAGAGUUGUUGGUUCAAGUCAACUAUAUACUACAAACUAAACUAAGAGGGAACCAUCAAAACUUGAGAGCAAACGACAAAAUUAGGGUUAUCUCCAAUAUACUAAUAGACUUUAUCAAAGUCAUAAGACACAAAAUUAGACACUCCAUUUCUAUAAGUUUCAGUAUGUUGAAUAAAGAAUCGACCUAAUUCAGUAAAUCAAUGAUUUCUCGUUUAACAUAUAAAUAGGUUGUGGUAGCUGCAAAAACCAUAAACCUAAAGAGGCAUA